AUGUCUCCAAGAAACCUCCGGUCGGCCUGUUCCUCGCGGGAAUCUUCGCCUGGCACGAGCGUCGAGCCCUACGACCCUUUCCGUUCCAAUUCAGAUGCUAUCGAGCUCGCACAUAUGACAAGAGUGUCGCUGGAUGCCAGAGACUCGUACUGCUCUCCAACUCGCUCGCCAACUGGAAUGUCACGAGAACGAUUACACCCAGACUCUUACCUUGGUCUUGGGCACAAUAGUGGGCAAUAUGUGCAAGUCACACCACACGACGGGAGUCCAAGGCAAUUCGAAAACUCUGGCGGGGAAUCGACCCACACAGUAAACUCGUUGUACCAGAGUAAGACGCUGGAUGCGGACACACAAGCUUUGGUGGAUCGAAGAGCGGGUGAGAUUGCGCAAUGGCAUGUGCACUGGACUACACCAGCCAUCAUCGUAUCUUUGUUCAUUGCUGGAGUACUCGCAGCAAUAGGUCAUCAUCUGUUUUAUGCGCAUCUCCAUGGGUCACCAGCAACAGAGCAGCUGAAAAUGGUCAGGUAUGGCACGGCGCUGGCUUUUUUCGUCAGGAGCACGCUUGUCGGCACGGUCAUCAUUUGCAAUCGCCAACGCAUUUGGUACACGUUCAGGCGCAAAGCCAUGACAAUAAAUGGCAUCGACGGCCUAUUUUCAGCGACUGAAGAUCCGACUCAAUUUUUCUUGAACUGGGAAAUGAUUAGGAAUGGCAAACUUGCGACGCUCAUGGCAGCAUGCACAUGGUUGAUACCCAUUGCUUCGGUACUAUCUCCCGCCUCACUCACGUCCGAAGCCAAAACCAUGGUCAACAAGACCGUAUGUCCAGGCGUCGCCAAUAUCAAUUUCACGCGUGAAGCACUGUACAAUUUUCGUGAUGAGAAUGAACUUGAUGGUCGCGGCACGUCACUGGUGUAUUACAACACAACAGAUCGAGACGGAGUUCAGGACGGAUACUUUGACUAUUACGAUCAGCCAUCGAAGAAUGCCCGCCGACUAGCUUUUAGCGCAGCAUACUUGAAGAGGCCACAGCCACGCGAGAACGCUGGGCUUACCUAUUGCGGAGAAGGAUGGAACUGUACCUACUCAAUCAACUUCAUUGGUCCUGGGUACAAAUGUGAGGACAUAUCAAACGCAGAUAUAUCCGGCGCGCCGUUCAAGUUGAGCCAAAUUGCGCCCGAGGGCAAUUUCACUUACAUCUCGGAAGUCGAUCAAGAUGACUACAAAUGGCCGCAAAUACCUACCUCAGAUGGAAUGCCGAUUCAAGACCCACCCUACCCCGAUUCGCUUGGUGUCUUCGAAAGCGAACCGACACUAUGGAUUGGCUAUGCCAACAAGUCAUCUGAGUUGUAUGAUGAGAAUUCCCCGUAUGCGAAGAAAUGGAAGCACGUACACGAGCCAAAGAUGUUCAAGUGUGAGAUGUAUCAUACCAACUACACCUUUCAAAUGGGAUUUCGACCCACCCAGUCCGCUCUUCUCCAAAAACGAGACUUUCUGUAUCCCGUCAUCAACACGACGCUCGAAGCAAAUCCUAGCAACACGACAGACUGGGCGGCAACGCAGAGCUCGAACUUCGUCCGACCCAAAGAGAACACCGAGCGCUACAAAUUGACCGCGGCGUAUCAUUCUCUCGGCGCGCUUCUACGUACCUUUCUUCGCGGCAACAUCGAGAAGAAGUCAGAUGUGCUCAUCAUAACAAGAUCGGACAUAUCUGAGACACGGCUGAUCAAUGCAAAGACAUCGUAUCCCGAGCCUGAUUUGAUGCCCAAAGUACAGAACUUCUUCGAGGACAUGCUCCUCACCUUGCUUAGCGAGCCGACAUUGGUGCUUGCAGAGUCUGGGACGGUCCCGUGCGAGAAGACUCGAUUUGUUGUGGUGUACGUCUACUAUCCACGAGCUCUUUGGAUCGGUUACGCCAUUGUCAUUGCGAUGACCGUUGCUUUUGUCCUCGUCGGUGCCUGGUCACUUUACCAAAACGGUGUGGCCUCGGAUGUGUUAUUUUCUCGCAUUCUGGCGACUACGCGGAACCCAACAUUAGACCACUUGAGUGUUGGUGCUUGUCUAGGUGGAGAUCCGUUUCCCCCAGAGCUUAUCAAAACCAAGUUGCGGUUUGGUGUUCUCCUUGAAGACGAUCCUAAGGAAGGGCCGCUGGGUAAGGUGGAGCACUGUUGCUUCGGUACUGUAGGCGAGACAAAGGAAAUAGUAAAGGGUGGCACCUAUGCGGGCUUGAAGAAGUGGAGGAUAGCGGAGGAGAUGAAGUAUGAUGAGCCAGACGAAGAGGUGCCACUACUUGAGAAGGAUAAUUGA